AUGACCCUUUUGUCUCCUCCGGGACUCUGGGGGCCCCCAACGGGAUCCCCAGGGGGGCCCCCAGGGGGGGGGCCCCCCGGGGGGGGGCCCCCCCCCUUCCAAAGCAGUGACCCUGAAGAACCCCUCGUGCUGCUGCUGCAGCCGGAGAGCCAACGGGGGGCAGCAGCAGCAAGGCUCCUCUGCACUCCGGACUGCACCCAGCUCUCGCAGCAGCAGCAGCAGCAGCAGCAGCUGCUGCUGCUGCGGCAGCAGCAGCAGCAGCAGCAGCAGCACUGCUCGCAGCUCUCGGAAAAUGAGGAACACUGCAUGCGCAGGAGAGGAUCCCUAUUCUCGGCUGCCAGCCAGGACGCUUUCGCUGCUGCUGCUGCUGCUGCGGACCAGCAGCAGCAGCAGCAGCAGCAGCAGCAGCAGCACCGGCAGCAGCUGCUGCCUUUGUGGGAUAAACUCUGUGAGGACUCACAGGCCUACUCCCAGCAGCAGCAGCAGCAGCAGGAGAUUGUUUGGGCCGUUGAAAGGGCUUUUGCUGCAGCAACUGACUUCCCUGUAGCAGCUGCAGCAACAGCAGCAGCAGAAGCAGCAGCAGCAGCAGCAGCAGCAGCAGAAGAAGAAGCAGCAGCAGCUGCUGCUGCUUCUGCUUCUGCUGCUGCUGCAGAUGAGCCCCAGCAAGGCGCUAAGAGCCGCAACGGCCCCACAGAUGUAGCAGCAGCAAAGCCGCCAGCAGCAGCUACAGCAGCAGCAACUGUCGCAGCACCAACAGUCGCAGCAGCUGCAGCAGCAGCAGCAGCUGCUGCUGCUGCUGCAGCAGCAGCAGGAGAUGAAUCCGACUGUGACUCGCAAGCCACAGUUGUACUUGGAAGCAAUUCCCAGGAGCUCCUGCCGGGUGUACAUACACCUCGCGCCCAGCUCUCUACUGCAGCAGCAGCAGCAGCAGCUGCUGCUGCUGCUGCUGCAGGAGCAACUGCAGCGGCUGCAGCAGCAGCAGAGCAGGACGAUGUAGCAGCAGCAGCAGAUCUCCCCGUGACACCCCUAGCUGCGCCAAUCAAUUUAGAAGCUGCCGCAACAGCAGCUGCAACAGCAACAGCAGAAGCAGCAGCAGCAGCAGCAGCAGCAGCAAAUGCAGCAGCAGAAACGGCAGCAGCGUCUGUGAACCUGCUGUCGCCUCCAGCAGUACCAGCAGCAGCCCCUGCAGAAGCAGCAGCUGCUGCGAACGCAGCAGCAGCAGCAGCAGCAACAGCAGCAGCAGCAGCAGAGCAUUCGCCGGGUCCUCGGGCUCCAAAGGAUACACAACCAGAAACAACAACUGCAGCAGCAGCAGCAUCUGCUGCUGCUGCUGCUGCAGCAGCCGCAACUGCUGCUGCUGCUGCAAGAGAACCCCAAACGCAAGCACCGCGCGCGCCCCCACCGCAGCAACCACCGCCGCAGUCGCAGCUGCAGCAGCAGCAGCUGCAGCAGCAGCAGCAACAGCAGCAGCAGCAGCAGCAGCAGCAGCAGCUGCAGCAGCUAGGGGGUCUGUCUCCUUUAGGGCUGAGUGUGGCUGAUUGGGACGAUCUGGAAGAGGCCCUCGAGUUUGCCUUAUCUCAGGCCAAGGAAGAGAGCCAAGCUGUGGGGGCCCCCUCCUCUGCUGCUGCUGCUGCUGCUGGUGCUGCUGCUGCUGCUGCUGCUGCUGUUGUGUCUGCAAAAAACGACGUCUGUAGCAGCAGGGGUGCCCCGCAGAUCGGUGCAGCGGCCGCUUACUGGGGUCAAAGCCAACAGCAGCAGCAGCAGCAGCAGCAGCAGUAUUACCAUGCGAUGCAGAUGCAGCAACAGCAGCAGCAGCAACAGCUGCAACAGCAGCAGCAGCAGCAACAGCUGCAGCAGCCCUGGCUACGGGAAGUCCCCUUCCACCAUACUGGCACGGCAAGCAGCGGCCCCCCUCACCAGUGGGACUCUCAGUAUCAGCAGCAGCAGCAGCAGCAGCAACAGCAGCAGCAGCCGCACCUACAGCAGCAGCAGCACCUACAGCAGCAGCAGCAGCAACAGCAGCAGCAGCAGCAGCAGCAGCAGAGAUUGUGGGAGAGCAGCAGCUCUUCAACCCCUGUGAAGAGACUGGCCUCUUCUCUGAGUGGAGUCCCUCAAGGGUCUCUUUUGUCUGUCUCCAGCGGCCCCACACCUUCGCCCCCGAAGCAGCAGAAGCUAGCAGCAAACCAGCAGCAGCAGCAGCAGCAGCAGCAGCAGCAAGGCGCAGCGCAGGGCAGCAGGAACUGCUCUCAAGCGGAGCGCCAGCAGCAGCAGCAGCAGCAGCAGCAGCACGGCCCUUGCAGCAGCAGUAGCAGCAACAACCGCACAACCGACAACAACAACAACAGCAGCAGCAGCAGCAGCAGCAGCAGCAGCAGCAGCAGCAGCAGCAGCAGCGACGACUGGCUGUCGGAUGCUGCUUUCCUGCAGCAGCUGCUGCCGCCCGAGGGCGCCGCGCAGCUUUUUGGGGAGGAGACAGAUGAGAUAAACUGGGGGCCCAUUUCUUAG